AUGAAGGUCUGCUUGGUCGCGCUGGGCAUCGCCCUGCUCUGCACCGGCUCUGCCGUGGUGUACGACGCAGAGCGCUGCCCCCCGGAAAAGCUUCUAGGGGGCUGGUACCUGCUCGCCUUCGCAAGCAACUGCUCGUGGAUGAUGAGCCAUCUGGAAGACAUGGAAAUGGUGUUGGCUACCUUCAGCAUAACUGAGGAAGGGACCUUCCGAAUUUCGACCAACGUCCCCACGCCAUUUGGAUGCCAGAACGUGGAGAUAGACUUCGAGAGGCGGGAAGAUGGGGCGCUCGUCGGCUCAUCCGCCUGGGGCGAGCAGACGGUGGACCUGGCGAGGUCGGACUGCAAGAGCUACAUGAUCAGCGUCAUCAGGAAUGAGCUGGACGGGAGCAGCACCAUGGCCGUGACGCUCUACGGCAGGACUCCGUACAUGACCCCAGAGACCGAGCAGAUGUUCAUGAAGCUUGCCAAGGAGCUGGGCAUGAGCGACGAGCAGAUCCAGAAGAUGGCCCCAGAACGUGAUGAAACCAGAAGCGAAGAGCCGCUCAGACAUCGCCACUGA